AUGGAAAGGACAGGAAUCCUCCUCGGCCCCUGGCUACUACGGCGUAGAGGUGAGUCUCGCCUCUACACCCCCCGGCUACCGCUCCGACUCUUCCACCUUCGCUUCCCUUUCUCCCUCUUUCACUCUCUCUUACCCUCUCUCUCUCUCUCUCACACACACACACACACUCUCUCUCACCCUUACUCUUACCCUCACUCUCUUACUCUCUUCCCUUCGCAACCCGCCAUCCACGUCGUUCCAUCGUUUCACGUCGCCUUCACCACCUCCCGCGUUCACUCACACCAGCACGUUGCAGCCGACCUAAGGGUUGAAGCCACCCUCCAUUUCCAGUGGCAGCGAAGGCAGCAGAGGCAGGAGGCAGACUCUGGCUGGCAGACUGGCAGGCUUGCAAGGGAUGUGCACGUCACCGUCUUACACUAUCGUCCCGAACAAACACCCUCUUCCUCCUCCUCCUCCUCCUCCUCCUCCUCCUCCUCCUCCACCUCUUCCUCCUCUUUCUCUUCCUCCUUCCAGCAACAUCAGCUCCUCCUCACCCUCGACAGCACCGUAACACCAGCUUCAACCACCCACCUCCUCUCUGACCCCUCUGACCCCCUUUCUUCCGCGCCGCCUCAUCCACCCCCACAACGUGGCCCAACCUUCGAGCAUCCUACAACGUUCUCUCCUACGCGUCACGAAACGUGCAGGUCGUCUGAGGAACGAUCUUUCGCUCUUCCGUUCUACGAGAGUGGAAAAUCUUACACAAGAAAGAAAAAAAAAAGAAAGAUAGAAAAGGUAGAGAUCGAGGUUGAUGGAAAGGACGACGAAAGAAAAAAUAAAGAUGCCCUCGGUGGAACGUCGCUCCGCAAGAGUAAGGGGUGGAGGUACUUGGACACGGACACAAGGAAAGAUCCGGCUGACCCAGGCAGAACGUCGUUUGAAGGAAAAACUACUUCUUUCUUCGCCGAACGAUCGAGAUCCCCGGAUAUACGUUGUCUUCGAAAAUUCGCGAUCGAGAUCGAGACUAUCUUCCCCCUAUCUUCUUUUAUCCUCUUGUCAGCGACGAAUUGAAAUCGUCCAUCUACAUUCUUGAUCAUCAACAGGAACCAUACCACCGAUAUCAAAUCUUAUCAUCAACACGAAAUAAAAGUUCGACGAUUAGAAAAAAAGAAAAAAAAAAGGAAAAAAGAAAGAAAAUGAUAUUAAAACAAAUAACAAAAAAGAAAAAGAAAGAAAAUGACAGUAAAACAAGAUCUAUUCGUAUUGAAAAGUUGAUAAAUUACAGUUAUAUCAUUAAAUCGAAUUCAAUAAUGAUAUUACUGAUAAAUGAAGUAUUAACUUACAGGUAAAAACUGAAGAAAUAUGAGUAUAAAAGACAGCUCC